AUGGCAGCGCAGAGUUCGAAGACUACUACUAAUUCAUUAAAAACUACGGUUACAACACCAACCAGUAAAACAACCACAACUAUUAGCACUGCUACUAGUAGUAGCACCACUGGUGUUACUCCGACAAUAACAGCAACGAUGACGACGAAAAGUAAUUCAAAAACUGAGACAGCAACAGUUGUUGUUCCUGGUACCCAGAAAUCUAGUGCAUCAGGAAUUCCUUCACUUGGUUCUUCAGAUGUUAUUACAUUACCAGCUUAUUUCCUUGAAGGAUAUUUGAUCAUUCUUUUGCUUACUUUCACGAUAAUGUACGAAUUAUGA